CGUUAUUGGAUUUUCGAUCCUAACGCUAAAAAUCGAUAAUUGAUGUGAGUACGCACACCGGGAAAUCGAUAUGUUAAAUUGGUGUGUAUAGCGCCUGAUCUACAUUUUGUUUACACAUUUGAAAUCAAGCCGAUUGAUGAUAAAUGAUUCCAGUGGAUGGUACAAAUAAGAAAGAUAAAUUCGUUUACCGUCGACUUAAAGAUAUGGAAAUGAAUGUGCAUUCGAAGAAAUUCGCACUGUGCUCAAAGGCAGAUGAACAGUUAGUGACUGAUGAUAGAAAUAACAAUUUGAAAAAUGAUCAACUUACGGAGAAACAACAAACAAUGAUUCAAGAAAAUAACGAAAUUACUACACAGUGGAAACAAAUCGAUGAGUUGAGACUAAAGUUUCAAAACAGUGAGCAAAACAUGGACAAACAUUCAAGUGAUACACAUUCAAAUGACUCACAUUCUAGUGGACCGAUGGAAACUAUCAAAAGUAGUGCUGCCAUAAAUUUUAGCGUCGAAAGUAUUUUGAAUGGUUCAAGUUGCACAAAGAAAUGUGAUAUCGAAAAUGUUGAUCAAAAAUCGUUGGAAAGAGGGCAUUCUCCGCAAAAAUCAGCCAUUCCCGAAGAUUGUAGUCGAAUUUAUCGGCCGAUGCCCAUGCGAUACGUGUCCAAUCCUACUGCAGUUUAUCACGGUUUCCCUAUGAAUAGUGCACCUUUGCCCCUGCAUCGCCACAUAAAAUAUCCAAUUCCAAAUUUCCACGGUGCACCGCUUCCGCCCACGUCAUUCAGUCCGAGUUUCAGUGUAGAUCGGUUUUUGCUACCAACUGCUGUUUCAUUUUCACAUUUCCAAAGUUCUCAUCAUCGUGCCGAUUGCCUCGUGGAUCCAACUAAUCCGAAAAUUACAGCAAUUCCAGCACCAUGUGCAUCAUCAAUAAACAAUACAGCAGCGUUGAGUCAAUCAAAGCGUAAACGAUCUUGGUCUCGCGCAGUUUUCAGCCAACUCCAACGUAAAGGUUUGGAAAUUCAAUUCCAAAUACAGAAAUACAUCACCAAACCAGAUCGGCGGAAAUUAGCAGCCCGGUUAGGAUUAACUGAUGCGCAGGUGAAAGUCUGGUUCCAAAACCGACGUAUGAAGUGGCGGCAUUCGAGGCAAGAAACAAAGGUGGAUAAGAAUCGUGCUGGCAAAACUGAAAAUAAGGAGGACGGCAUAGAUCAAGACAUUCCCUGUGGCAGUAGCGCGGAGAGUGAUAGCUGCAGCAGCGAUGAUGGAAAUGAAAUCGACAUCGAAGCUGAAUAGAUUAGAAAUAUUUUUCAAUGAAAAAUG